GAUGUGAAUUAUUAAAAAGAAAAUGGCCCAACGGAGCACCGUAUUUCCUUCUCUUGUCACCGAGGAAAGGUAUAAUAUAUGGAAAAUAUGCAUCUAAGGCGAGUUAGAACCAUGCCCCGUCACAGCCAGUCUCUGACCAUGGCACCGUACUCAUCUGUGAGUCUAGUGGAGCAGCUGGAAGACAGAAUCCUCUGCCACGAGAAAACCACCGCUGCCCUUGUGGAACACGCCUUCCGGAUUAAAGACGACAUCGUCAGCAGUUUGCAGAAGAUGCAGAACAAAGGGGGAGGUGACCGCCUGGCCAGGCUGUUUUUGGAGGAGCACAUUAGGAACAUAACUGCUAUAGUGAAGCAGCUUAAUCGGGAUAUCGAGGUACUCCAGGAGCAGAUCCGGGCCCGGGACAACAUUAGCUACGGAACGAAUUCUGCCUUAAAGACUCUGGAGAUGCGACAACUCUCCGGCUUGGGGGAUCUGCGAGGAAGAGUGGCAAGAUGUGACGCCAGCAUAGCCAGACUCUCUGCAGAGCACAAAUCCACCUACGAGGGGCUUCAGCACUUGAACAAGGAACAGCAAGCUGCCAAGCUCAUCUUGGAAACAAAAAUUAAAGACGCAGAGGGACAGAUUUCUCAGCUUUUGAACAGAGUGGACUUGUCAAUAUCCGAGCAAAGCACCAAACUGAAGUUGUCCCACAGGGAUAGUAACCACCAGCUUCAGCUUUUGGAUACUAAAUUUAAAGGUACAGUUGAAGAACUCAGUAACGAGAUUUUAUCUGCACGGAAUUGGUUGCAGCAAGAACAAGAACGGAUAGAAAAAGAACUUUUACAGAAAAUUGACCAGCUUUCCUUGAUUGUUAAGGAAAACAGUGGAGCCAGUGAGAGGGACGUGGAGAAGAAGCUCAGCCAGAUGUCAGCCAGACUUGACAAAAUAGAAGAGGGUCAAAAGAAGACUCUGGAAGUACAGAGACCAAAGCAGGAAGAGGAGAAGCUGCACGGGAGGAUCAGCAAGCUUGAGCUACAGAUGAAUGAGGACAUGAAGGAGAUGAAGGCAGAAGUUAACGCUGGGUUUGCAGCCAUCUAUGAAAGCAUAGGAUCCCUCAGGCAAGUUCUCGAAGCCAAGAUGAAGCUGGACAGGGACCAGCUACAGAAGCAAAUCCAACAGAUGCAGAAGCCGGAAGCUCCCAUGUGAAGGGAGUUGGGACAAGGACCUGAAAGGAGCUCUUGCCAGCGGGGCUCAGAGCUCUGCAGCCAGGCUGUCACUGCAUUGCGGAUCGUUCCAUCCAUGGUGUGCAUGUGCCAAGUGAUGUGCUUUCAUGGGUCUAAAAGUUUACCUUGAGUCUCGAAGAUACUUUCUUUAAAAUUAUUAAAUACGAUUUUUACCAUUUUGUUUCAAUUAUCUAAAUUCAAUGGAAUUUUUGCCCCCUGGAUUUUGAAAGACUUUGUUUUAUGAAUGAAAAGACUUACUUUUUCUUUGAUGCUCGAUGCUCUAGCCAACACUGUUUCCUAUUUUGAAAAUGUCAUGGUGAUUUCUUU